AUGGGCCGAGAGCAAGAGACGCAAGUGCGUUCCUGGGGCUUCGGCCACGUCUUUACUUGGAGUGAUGGACCCGUCACCCGAGGCUGGACAGACUCUUGGACGCAGGGACUGACGUCAUACUGCGACAGCAACGCGCAUUAUCCUCCUCACUCUCACUCCGGGCUGACAACUCAUCUCGUCGUCGCUGGCGAGAUGACGCUGUGGUACCCAAAUGAGCCCGAUAGGGAGAAGAAGACGUAUGGCGUUGGGUCUAGAGUAGAUGUUGAUGCUGGAAGGGUUCAUGAAGUUUGGAUGGGAGACCAAGGCUGUACGUAUGUUAUUGGGGAGUAG